AUGAAUGAAUUCCUGGAUGCGGAGGGGCAGCACCUGGGAGGAUGUGGUCCACCUGCUGCAGCUCAACGAGCCCCCACCACCCCGCAACCAGAAUCAGCCCCCGGAGAACUGGGCAGAAGCCUUGGGGCUGCUUCUAGGGGCGGUGGUGCAAGCUAUCUUCUACACGGAUGCCGAGCUGAGUGCAGCAGGGAGGAAGCUAGGGCUCAGGAGCUUGCUGAGGCCCAGGCGGUGGCAUCCUUGGUUUCUGCAGCAGGGAGGAAGGUCAAGAAGGAGCCAGGGUGGAAAAUGGAGAAGGUGGACGACUGGAAUGAUGUGGAAGCUGAGGGUGACCCUCCUAAAUCUGGGGUUAGAAAAGCUGGAGCUAAAAUUCGCUCCAGGAGAACUAAGCAGAAAAAAACUCCCAAGCGGGAAUCACUGCCCUGGAAGAAAUCUAAAGGCAGCCAUUCUCGUGGCUCGGCCUCUUUGGAGGCUCCUGAGGCUGGUGAUGCUGAAAAUACAGAGGGUUCAGAAUAUGUCGGGGGCAGCAAAAAGCCCUGUGUGAAGCAGGAAUCAGCUCUGAAGAAGCCAGUAGUGAAAUGUGCCUGGAAGUUUCCCAGCAGCGCACCUGACGAUGCUGGGGCAGGAGCUGGGAGCCCUGGAGUUGCCUCUGAGUCAGACCAAGAUGGUGGUCCAGAGGGCCCACCAAAGAAGAAGGCCAUGGGCUGGGCCCUGGCCAAGAGCCCUGCCCCCAAGCGGAAGAAAAAGAAGGUGAGCUUGGGCCCUGUCUCCUAUGUCCUUGUUGAUUCGGAGGACACCAAGAAGAAACCAGUGGUGCCGAAGAAAGGGCCAGGCUUGGGAAGGGACGUAAUGGUCCAGAAGGCCCCUCAGGGCCCACAGCCCGCUGAGUCGCAAGCCUCAAACUCACAGGGUCCAAAGGCCAAGCCACGAGGCUCUCCUCGAGCCUCCGAUGAACCCCGAAAGCUUUGAUUUGGGGGACCACCUGUACCUGAGGAGUUGAAAGAAGACCAAGGAAGAAGUUCUAAGUCAGGAACAACGUUUCUCUGGACAUUGACUCUUGACUCUUUUAGGGACCCAGUUUGUAGAAAUCCGGCUCUCAGAGGUAAAUGGCGUGUGAGAUCUUAGGUGGGAAGAAUUCUGGAGGCUGGGGGGGGAGGCAGGCAUACCCCUGUGGUUUAUUCCUCUGCCAGUCCUGCUUUUUUACCUUCUCAUAGACUCGCCUGCAGAGAUUGGAGCGUCGCUAAGCAGAUGGGGCACAUUCUAGAACACUCUCCCUUACACAUGGGCAGGGUCACUGUUACCUGGAUCCGUGUUCGGCUUUUCUCCCCCACUCCCCGAUUCCUCUUCUGGAUGGUCAGCCAAGCUCUGCAGGGCCCCGCGUCUUAAAGAGUGGGGGGAUCAUUCGCUCCUCCCGCCGCCUCUGUGCUUUGACUGCUGGGUCAGUUGAGUCAAGGUCUUCGCUGCAGACCUGACUUCCUUGUCCUCCUACUGGUCUUUAGUGGCCAUCCGCCAGUCAUCUAACCAGAGGGCGGUAAGGUCCCAGGAGUUAGUUUUGGGGAAAAACAAUGUCCACUUGGGUCUUGAAAGCGUCCAGUUUUAGGUUCUGUUUGUAAAAAUGGCACUUGGAUUCCCUUUUGGGGUAAAACCCGUGCGGGAAGCCUGUGGGCAAGAGGAAUGAUGGGUAGGAAGGACUCUGGGAUGAUCAGCUCUCCAGCUCUAAUUCCAUCCGGUGCUCCCAAACUCUCAAUGUCUUUGAGGCUGGAGACUUUAUCUCAUGGUAUAGGGAGACAGGGGAAUACAGUCUUUAAAGAUGAUGUUAGGAGUUCCCGUUGUGGCUGAGCAGAAACGAAUCUGACUAGUAUCCAUGAGAACACGGGUUUGAUCCCUGGCCUCACUCAGUGGGUUAAGGAUCCAGUGUUACCGUGAGCUGCGGUGUAGGUCAUAGGCGUGGCUCGGAUCUGGCGUUGCUGUGGCUGUGGCAUAGGAUGGCAGCUGCAGCUCCGAUUCAAUCCCUAGCCUGGGAGCCUCCAUAUGCUGCUGGUUCUGCCCU